GGUGACGUUUUCGAUAUAAGUGCGACAGCGACGGGAUAGGCUUAAUGCAAAUUUCUUAAGAAAAACCGGCUGUAUUUUCCGGUAUUUGUUUGUGUGAUUGGUGAUACAUGAUUAUGUGUUUUCCAUUUUUAUAUGUGAAUAAUUUAUGAUAGUUUUCGCGUAGAAAAUUAUACUUAUAGACACUGAGUUACAACACACAAUGUCUCUAAUCUCGUAUGUGAUUUGCGCUUUACUGCUGUUGACACCUAUAAGAGCUUUUUAUUUACCGGGAUUAGCUCCUGUAAACUAUUGCAAAGCUGGUGAAGACAAUGGAAAGUCUUGUAAAAAUGAGAUUCCCCUGUAUGUAAACAGAUUGAAUACAGAAGAAUCUGUAAUACCAUUUGAAUAUCACCACUUCGAUUUCUGUCUCUCUGAUGAGACUCAAUCACCAGUUGAGAAUCUUGGUCAAGUUGUUUUUGGUGAAAGAAUAAGACCGAGUCCAUACAAGUUGAACUUUCUCCAUGAUGAGACCUGUAAAGCAGUAUGCACUAAAGUGUACAAAGGCAGCGACCCAGAAUCGAUUAAGAAGUUGAACCUUCUUAAAAUGGGUAUGGCACUUUACUACCAACACCAUUGGAUUCUUGACAACAUGCCCGUCACUUGGUGUUACCUUGUCAGUGAUGGAGGUAAAACAUAUUGCAGUACUGGAUUCCCCAUGGGUUGCCAAGUCAGAAAAGAUUUGGACACAUGCACACCCAUAGUGAAUACAGCAUCGAGUCCCUUCGGCACUUACUACUUGUUUAAUCAUGUGGAUCUUGAGAUCACCUACCACAGUGGAGGUGAAGAAGAGUGGGGUGUUGGUUUCGGAGAUAAUGGUGGACGAAUCAUAUCAGCGAAGGUGAAACCAGCUAGCAUUAAACAUCGUAACGCAGAGAACCCCGACUGCAACGUCCGCAACAGUCCUCUAGAAAUACCCAACACAUUAACCAGUAGUGAAACAUUCAGCGUAACUUACUCAUAUCGUGUAACCUACAUCAAGAAUAAUACGAUCAAAUGGUCAUCGAGAUGGGACUACAUUCUGGAAUCCAUGCCCCAAACAAAUAUCCAGUGGUUUUCAAUUUUGAACUCACUCGUGAUAGUACUUUUCCUCAGCGGCAUGGUGGCGAUGAUUUUGUUGCGGACCCUACACAAAGAUAUUGCUAGAUACAAUCAAAUGGAAUGCGGAGAAGACGCCCAGGAGGAAUUUGGUUGGAAACUUGUGCACGGAGACGUGUUCCGGCCGCCCCGCCGCGGUAUGCUACUGGCUGUGUUCCUCGGAUCUGGAUCUCAGGUGUUCGGCAUGACGCUGGUGACGCUGGCGUUCGCGUGCCUGGGCUUCCUGUCGCCGGCCAACCGCGGCGCGCUGAUGACGUGCGCGCUGGUGGCGUGGGUGCUGCUGGGCGCCGCCGCCGGCUACGUCAGCGCGCGCGUCUACAAGAGCUUCGGCGGCCGGCGCUGGAAGAGCAACAUCCUGCUCACCUCCAUGGUGUGUCCGGGAGUGGUGUUCUCGCUGUUCUUCAUAAUGAAUCUGGUGCUGUGGGGCAAGGGCUCGUCGGCUGCGGUACCGUUCUCUACCCUGGUGGCUCUGUUGGCGCUCUGGUUCGGCGUGUCGGUGCCUCUUACGUUUAUCGGCGCUUACUUCGGAUUUAGGAAGCGGAUCCUGGAGCACCCGGUGCGCACGAACCAGAUCCCGCGGCAGAUCCCCGAGCAGUCGCUGUACACGCAGCCCGUGCCCGGCAUCGUCAUGGGCGGAGUGCUGCCUUUCGGCUGCAUCUUCAUACAACUGUUCUUCAUCCUCAACUCGCUUUGGUCCAGUCAAAUGUACUACAUGUUCGGUUUCCUGUUCCUCGUGUUUGUGAUCUUGGUGAUCACCUGCUCCGAGACCACGAUCCUGCUCUGCUAUUUCCACCUGUGCGCUGAAGACUACCACUGGUGGUGGCGCGCCUUCCUCAGUUCUGGUUCGACCGCCGGCUACCUAUUUAUAUACUGUUGCCAUUACUUUGUGACCAAAUUAAACAUCGAUGACGCCGCUUCGACUUUCCUCUAUUUCGGCUACACCUUCAUAAUGGUCUUUUUGUUCUUCUUACUGACGGGAACAAUCGGUUUCAUGGCCUGCUUCUGGUUUGUGAGGAAAAUAUACAGUGUAGUCAAAGUCGAUUAAAUUUAUUUUAGGGAUUUAGUAUAAGAACGAUUAUGUUGGUACAGCGGUGAUGUUUGUGGAGAAAGUUUGUGGAACUGGCAUUUUUGAUAAUACAUUAUGUCGCGCCACGUGGACGUGCGUUUUAAAACAACUAGAAAUAUAUAUAUUAAUUUAUUAAGUAACAAUUACUUUUUCAAUCAAGUCAGUCACUAAAAAAAAGUUAAUACAUUUUUAUUUAUGAUGCUUUAUAUGAAAAGGGGGUGUUUUUUCAUUUAUUUUUUUUAAUAUUUAAGUAUUUGUCUAUGACAGUUUUUUGACUAACGUUAAGGUGUAAGUUGUCAUGGCUUUGAACUAUAAAGUAUUGCCAUGACAGUUGGAGAGACUGCUGUACACAAUGUGAUUUGUAUAAAAAUUUCUAUCGUAUAAAAACUGGUAGUCAUACAAUCGUUUUAAUGUCCAUUUAUUUUAGUUUUAUGCUUAGAUUAUAGAGUCCUUACGGGAAAUUAUUCGUAAAAAAGUUUUAUUAUUAUAGCAAAUCAAGAUAAAAAGUUUUUGUUAGUUAGGAAAAAAUAUUCAAAACCAUUGUAAACUACAUUUUAAUCGAAAAAAAUUGUCAAUGAUUAUUUAUGUUCUUGUUGGGAAACAUAUUUAGUUCCAUUGUAAAUAAAUUACGAGGUGAUCUCGAGUUAAAUCGAUUGUGUUAAAUGUGAUGCACAAUUAUUAUUUCACUACACAAACUAUUGGAAAUAUGUUUUACAUUGUAGGUACUUAAAAAAAAAAAAACAAAGAAAUUGGACUUAAAUGUGGUU